CUCUCUCUCUCUACACGCAGAGACGGACACUUGGAUGUUUGUGAAGUCUUCCUUGUAUCUCUCCCUCUCUCUCUCUUCUCGACACAGAGACAACCAAUUGUGAACUCUGUAUAAAUCUAGAACCAAACUGCCGCUUUUUUUUGUUUCUCCGAGGAGCGCCCUCUCUCUCUCUCUCAACUUCUCUCUUUUCUAUCCCUAUUUUCUCUGCAACAGAAACGCUUUUGGAAAGGAAAUACGGCAGCUUAAACACCAAUUCUUCUCUCUCUUUACUUUUUCAUAAGCUAGCUUAGCCCCAUUUGGUUUCGCUCAAUUUCCGCAAUGAGACAAGAAGGAAAAUUUCUCAAGUCCAACUCGUGGCCGAAAACGGUGGCCAGAAAAUGGUUGAAUUUAAAGGGUGGAUCGGAUGAAUUUGACUCAGAUUAUGACACAAAAGCUUUUCUUCAGAGGAGUUUGAAGUGUUGCUCCGACGAUGGGCCUUCCACCGUCGUGCCGGAGGAAUUAUCAGAGGAGUGGUUGAUGGAAACGAGCGACGAAAUUGAGCGCCCAGGAUUUGACCAGCUUGUGCCACCUGUCUCUACUGAUCUUGACCUCAGGAUGUUUGUUGGGACAUGGAAUGUAGGAGGCAAGACUCCAGAAGACGAUCUAAACAUAGAUGAUUGGUUAAAGACCAAAACACCGGCCGACAUUUAUGUACUCGGGUACGUAUUCAUUCACAUUAAUAUCAUAUACGUAUCAUCAAUCAAACCGAUCUUAAUUUUAAUUUGUUAUAUAUGGUUUAGGUUCCAAGAGAUUGUACCUCUAAAUGCUGGCAAUGUGUUAGGCCAAGAGGACUAUAGCCCGGCUGCAAAGUGGCUUUCCCUAAUCCGCCACUCUUUAAACGGCGAUUCAGUUAAUCCCGCAUCCAAACGCUCUCUAACAGUGACCGAUCAUGAUAAUUAUUUCGAUGACAUUUUGAGUUUGAGCUCGAGUUCGAGUUCGAGUGAAGACGAUUCACCUAGUCCCACGAAACAUCAGAAGUAUUGUUUGGCUGCCAGCAAGCAGAUGGUAGGCCUGUUUUUGUGCGUGUGGGUUCGUGAGGACUUGAAUCACCAAAUUAGUAGUUUGAAGGUUUCGUGUGUUGGGACAGGCAUCAUGGGAUACCUAGGAAAUAAGGGAUCGGUAUCUAUCAGCAUGAGGCUGCAACGAACCACAUUUUGCUUCGUGUGUACUCACCUUGCAUCCGGAGAGAAAGAGGGAGCUGAAACUAGAAGAAAUUUGGACGUUAUGGAGAUUUUGAAGCGAACAAGAUUCUCACAUUCAGUCCCUCAUAACAUUUUAGACCAUGACAAGAUAAUUUGGCUCGGGGACUUGAAUUAUCGGCUUGCAUCUGUGUGUGGCGAUGAUACAUACCAACAACUUGAAAGGAAUGACUGGCAAGCGCUUCUCCAGAAAGAUCAGUUAAGAUUGGAACAAAAAGCGGGGCGAGUAUUCCAAGGGUGGGAAGAAGGGGAAAUAUAUUUUGCUCCAACCUAUAAAUACAUCGCAAAUUCGGACACAUAUGCUUCCCAAACCUCCUCGCCCAAAGAGAAGCGUCGAACACCUGCCUGGUGUGAUAGAAUUAUGUGGAAAGGCGAAGGGCUUCAGCAAAUGUGUUAUUUUAGGAGCGAAUCAAGAUUUUCAGACCAUAGGCCUGUCUACUCGGUGUUCACCGUGACGGGCGGCAAACAAACAGACGAAUAAUGGAAUCCCACGUCCGACAUACUGACACGUGUUUCUCCGAUAUUUGACGUUCAUAGACGCCCGCAACGCUCACCUCUGUUGACUGCGGGCCGGCGGCGGAGGCAUGUAUAAAAGCACAUGUAGGUGCUUCGCUGCAGUGACGUGGCGCGCUAGGAGAGGUGCAAAUAUGGUGGCGUCCAUUUUGAUUUACAAACACGUUUUUGAAUUACUAUUUAUUUCCAAAAUUAUGAGAAGGGAAAUGUAACUUUUGAAAGUAAAAUGGAUGUGUAGAGAAUUUUUCGUUUUGGUAAUUGCUUCUCCCUAAUUUUUUGAGGGAUCUUUGUAAAUUGCGAGCAUUUGCUGAUAUGAAAUGUAUUCUAAAUUUUGAAUGGU